AGGUCGAGGAGCGUGCUCGCCGCUGCAGAAUCUGAUUUCUAGUACAACUGACUGACAGGGAUCAGUCGGCAGUGACGUUAGCCAACCGCUCUGUGCUUCCUCAAACCUGCAGGGUGUCACAAAUGUAAAAAAGCCCAAAAAUAGCGGGCGCUGACACGGAAGACUGGGCACACUGUCGCUAGCAACUAGCUAGCUGCUGGUCUACUGUGCAAUCAAAUGCAAUACAAAUAUUAGUUCCAGACACUCAAAAUCAGGUAAAAAUGCACAGAUCACGCCGGUAAUGUAGCAACGGACACAAAAGCAAAUGACAUUUACACCUUUGGCCAUGCGUGUGUGUCUCUUGGUGUAUAUCUAAACAUGAGGUGCAUAAAGAUUAUUGCUGAGAAUGCGAAGAGUGUAUGAAGCACAAUCGUAUUAUAGAUUGCAGCUCUAACCUUGAGAUUUAGGUGCAGUAAAAUACAACUUAAGGCGGACUUAUCUCGCGUCGAGAAAGGUUACUGUUCAUUUGAGACGUGCACACCCACGACGUGCAAGCGGUUAGGUUAGAUUAGCCUGUCAAGAAUAAUGACUUUACUACCCGUUACUCUACGCUUUCUAAGGCUAGAAGGUGCAUCGAUUUCUGCUAACCUUAGAUGUUUUGCUGAUUUAUCUAUCGUCGACGUACCAGCGAAAAUGCACGCGAGUAGAGGUAAGCGGCUACGCGUACUGGUGGACAUGGAUGGAGUGAUUGCCGAUUUUGAAGGAGGAUUCUUGAAAAAGUACAGAGCCAAGUACCCAAACGAACCAUACAUUCACCUGCAGGACAGGAGAGGAUUCUGGGUCUCAACCCAGUACGGACAACUACGAAGCGAUCUCUGCGAGAAGGCCAUGAGCAUUUGGGAGUCAAAGAACUUCUUUCUAGAGCUGGACCCAAUACCCGGAGCCGUGGAGGCAGUCAAGGAGAUGUCUGAAAUGGAAAAUACGGAUGUCUUCAUUUGCACCAGUCCAAUAAAACACUACAGCCACUGUCCGUAUGAGAAGUACGCCUGGAUAGAGAAGCACUUUGGCCAUGAGUUCCUGGAGCAGAUCAUUCUCACCAGAGACAAGACAGUGGUGUCAGGUGAUCUCCUCAUAGAUGACAAACCAGAUAUCCAUGGGGUCGAGCCCAACCCGACCUGGGAGCACGUGCUGUUCCUGGCCUGCCACAACCAGCACCUGCCCCCCGACUGUCCCCCACACCCCCCCCGCCGCCGCCUGCUGUCCUGGGCCCAUGACUGGAGGGGCCUGCUGGAGGGCAAACGCCAGUGACCCCCCCCCUCCCAUCCACCACUCGCACAAGCGACCCCCAGGCUGGCUGGAACCGCGUGCAA